GGCGAGGCCGUUAAGUUAUCAGGAUACCCAUCUUACGCCCUGUGGUACGGAGACGAAGAGGAAGCCGCUUCGAAUGUUAUCGUGGCCCAAAAUCAGAGGUUUAGGGCGUCCGAAAAGGGAAUUCUAUUUCUAGAAGUACUAGGAUAUUUGGGUGAGUAUGCUAUAUCACGUAUCAUACUAGACUGCUUUCAAGCUAACUUGGUCGAAGGUUUCAUUUAUCACCAUCGCAAAAAUGCAAACAAGGAAAAUUGCCCGUUGUAUGGGGUUGCAACAGACUCGCGAGUCUUUCACUUUGUUAGACUAGAUGAUGAAUCCUCGUUUGUCACCUCAACACUCGAUUCUCAGGCGGAUCUAGAAAAAGCCUUCAGUUUAUUGGUUUAUGUAUUGAAGGAGGCCAUGAUUGUGCCAUCGACACGACCGCAAGAGCCAUCCACGCAAUCCGAUCGAGCUCAACAAUCUGCCGAGUCACUCAUCCCGGCUGGGUCUUCUCUUAGACGGAAGUUGGACAGGAGAAUACAUUAUCAGAGGCUGAAAGAGGCUGCAAAUGACUCGGAUGAGCCCCUUGAGUUCGACUCAAUCGAUGAUGAGUAUAUCUGGCAAGACUUUUCUGAAGGUGAGAGCUCUUUAGAUGAAUACUUCGAUGGUGAAUAAUGUUUGGAAACUCGCCGCUGGAAUUGCUUCCAGAGAAAGCUUUACUCUUUGAUUAUUUGCUAAACUUGGUCAACGUACCUACGGU